UAUCUCUCAAAGCUUCCUCCUCUUCCCCCACUCUCUCUGUCAUUGCAUCCAUUUUUGUGCAUUUAAGAAAUCUCCAAGAAUUACCAACCUGGAGGAAAGCGAGCUAAACAGAGUGGCAGAGGGGGGUUCGGGGCUCCAAAGGGAAAGCAAACAAGGACGCGCCGGGUAUCUGUUAUUCCAACAUGCGAGCGAAAGCCCUCUGAAGGAUGGCAGCGAUGGGUUAGACAGGAUUUACCAUGUCUGCUUAGUAAAAGCGACCGCUUGGUAAAAGAUGUCCGCUCCACACGGGCCCCGGGGCGGCCCUGGCCCUGCUGCCGCCGCCGCUGCUCCCUCAGCGGCCGGCGCCAUGCCGGAGAUGCCGGACCUCAGCCACCUCACCGAGGAGGAGAGAAAGAUCAUCCUUGGUGUCAUGGAUCGACAGAAGAAGGAGGAGGCCAAGGAACAGUCCAUGUUAAAGCUCAAAGAAGAACCAAAACCUCAGCAAGCACAGUGGUUUCCCUUUAGCGGGAUCACUGGCCUGGUUAAUAAUGUUCUUCAGCCCCAGCAAAAGCCCCAAAAUGACAAGAAGCCCGAACCAGACGCGUAAGUAAUAACACAGACCCGCCAUGACC